AUGUGGACCAUGUUGAGUGCCAAGGCCCGAUUGAGCAAGAAAGCCAAGACCAACGGCCCCAUUGAUGAUGUUGAACCAGAGAAGACCCCAGAACAUGUUGGUGAAAAUCCUGAUAUUGUCAUGGAUAACUCUGCCCCGCAAGAUGCAGCUACUGAUGCUAAUCCGCCGGAGGCUGACCCGGCUACACAUGUUGAUACAUCAAGUCCACGUGCCACGCCUCCAAGUCCAGUUGCUGAUUCACUGAGUUCAGUUGCUAAUCUGCCAAGCCCUGCUGCCAAUCCGCCAAGCCCAGCCAAAGAUAAUGUCAAUCCACCGAGCCCAACCAAAGAUGAUGAUGAUGUUAUUAUUACUGGCACUGCUUAUACCGCCCCAGGCAAUCCAGUUGUUUUAUCGAAACAUACCGCCAAGGACGAAUUUGCUGCUAUGGGCAAGGGGAAAGGGAAGACCAAUUUGUCCAGCUAUCCAAUCACUUUCGACCACCUAGACUAUUCUAGAAGUAUCCGAAACAUAGGAUGGACUGCUCUAAUAUUGGAUCCUAUAAUCAACGGAUUACAAUUCACACAAGUCCUAAUGGAUGGCGGCAGCGAUUUAAACCUGCUAUAUCUGGACACAGUCCGCAAGAUGGGGAUGGACCUUACUAAAAUUCGACAUCGCCGCACUUCCUUUAAAGGAGUGACACCAGGCCCUUACGCCAAGUGCACAGGCUCCUUACUACUAGAAGUUGUGUUCGGGUCACCCGACAACUUCCGACAUGAAAAGCUAAUCUUUCAUGUCGCCCCAUUCAAAAGUAGCCAUCAAGCACUAUUGGGGCGUGAAGCUUUCGUCCGCUUUAACGCAAUACCACACUAUGCGUCUCUUACACUUAAAAUGCCCGGUCCAUGUGGCAUUAUCUCAUUAAAAGGUCGCUCAAGACCCCGGACACGGCUAGACGAGUCUGGCAUAAAUAAGCUAGGGGCUCCCUAG